AUGGCAGCGCCAAGGGACAGGCCAGCAAACACCACCGGAUGGAUGAUACCUCCCCUCCCACCGAGUCGCCGAGACCGAGGCGACAGAGCGAGCGAGAUGACCAGGGUCGAGGGGGGCUCCCAUGGCGGCGGCGGCGACGGCGGCCCCUCCCAGUAUCUGCUGCCCGUUUUUGGGCCCGACUCGACAAGGCAAAAGAUGAUAAGCGGGAGGGACUGGUAUCCAGAUGCGGCCAUGGAGGCGACCUGGUGGGUUGCGCAACGGGAAGAGGGGGAGGAGAAGGAGGGACGAGGGUGCAGAGGAGGCUCCUCUACCCUGCUGCAUGGUUCCCGCCGCCGCACAUCCAACAGGGACUAG